AUGGAAGAAGAAGAAGGGUAUUUGGAAAAGCCUUUACACGUUCAUGCUUCACUGGUCGAGGACCCUGAUGAAGGGCUUUCCGAAGAGGAGAAAGCAAGCAUUAUCUAUCUGCGAUUGAUUCCAUGGCUCUCUUUGCUGUACCUUGCUGCGUUUUUAGAUCGCACAAACGUGGGGAAUGCGAAGAUCGAGGGCCUGCAGAAAGCCUUGGAUAUGACCAAUAACCAAUACAACGCUACCCUCACUAUAUUCUUUGUCUCCUACUCUAUAUUCGAGCCUUUAACGAAUGUGUUGUUGAAGCGUACCAAACCGAGCAUUUUCAUUUCGGCUAUCAUCAUCCUUUGGGGCAUAUGUAUGACCACGAUGGGGCUUGUCCAUAAUUUCUCCGGGCUUAUGGCAGCACGCUGGUUCCUUGGUCUUGCUGAAGCGGGCCUUUUCCCCGGCGUGAGUUACUAUCUCUCGUGUUGGUAUAAACGAUCUGAAUUCGGCGUACGCAUGGCUAUAUUUUUCUCUGCUGCAGCCCUCGCUGGGUCAUUCGGUGGCCUCUUGGCUGCAGCGAUCUCAAAGAUGAACAACGUGGGCGGCAAGGCUGGCUGGUCAUGGAUAUUUAUACUAGAGGGCCUGGCAACAAUUAUACUAGGAGUUCUGUCAUUCUGGCUUGUCGUUGACUUUCCGGACAAUGCCACUUUCCUCUCAGAGCUUGACCGUGCUAUUAUUUACAUGGGUGCCGAUGGGCCCUUAUAUGCAUUUUCGUUGUUUCUCCCCACUAUCAUCAGUGAAUUGGGCUAUUCCUCAAUCAAAGCCCAGCUUCUCAGUGUCCCGCCCUAUGCGGUUGCAGCAAUUCUAACGGUAGCAAUUGGUUACAUCGCUGAUCGCACACGAGCACGGGGUCUCUGUAACAUCAUUGUCUCAUUACUCGGCGCAAUCGGUUUCUCAAUGCUUCUUGGUGCUAAAACUGCCGGCACUCGCUAUGCGGGUACAUUCCUUGGUGCCAUGGGCAUUUAUCCCUGCAUCUCCAACACUAUAUCCUGGACGAGCAACAAUGUGGAAGGUGAGUGUGUCUACAAACGCGGCGUUACGCUCGGGAUAAUGAUUGGCUGGGGAAACCUCAACGGUAUCGUUUCCUCGAACAUAUAUCGUGGACAAGACGCGCCCAUUAACUACCCUGGACAUGGGACUGUUCUCUCCUAUCUUGUCAUCUUCCUACUCUGCGGAUCGGUCUUGCAAACUAUCCUCCUGCGAAGAGAGAACAACAAGCGGCGACGGGGUGAGCGUGAUUACCUCGUAGAGGGCUUGAGUCCAAGCGAGAUCAAAGACUUGGGAGACAUGCAGCCGGGCUUCAUCUAUACUACAUAG